AUGGUAACUAAUACAAAUCAUCCUCAAGUUAUUUUCAUCGGUAUUGCUGGCCCAUCAGGCUGUGGUAAAACAACUUAUGGCAGACAUUUAGUCGAUCAUCUUCGUUCACCGUUACAUCUCAUUGAAUUAGAUCACUUUUUUAAUCAUGGAAUUUCUAUUGAUCAUCCUAUCUUAGGACGUAUUGAAAGUCAGGAAGAGCCUGGUACAUUAGAUAUUCAACAGUUAUUAAAUCUUCUACGACAUAUUAAAUAUGAACCAGAAAAAACGACUCGAUACCAUCUCGAUAGUGUUUCUAUCAAACAUCAAAAUAAUAUAUUUAUUAUUGUCGAAGGAUUUCUUCUCUUUGCUUUAUCUAAUGACUUAACCAAUAUGUUUGAUAUUCGAAUAUUUUUUGAAUCAACAUUAUCUGAAUGUCGUAUGAAACGUUAUCGUCGCCAUUCAAGAAUUAGUGAUAAAGUGUCUGAUGAACAAAUACGAAUUCCAAAUAAAUUUCAACAAUGGUUUGAUCAUUUAGUUUGGAAUGAAUAUUUAAAGAGACGAAAUUUACAAAUAUCAAAAGCUGAAAAAAUAUUUCAAUUCGAUGACUAUAAAAAUAGACAGUACAUGUAA